AUGAUGUAUUUUGAUAUUCUCUCUCUCUCUCUCUCUCUCACACUCAUUCUUUAUUUCUCUCUCUCGCUUUCUGUCUCUCUCUUCUGUUUUCUUUCUCUUUGCUUGUAUUUUAUUUAUUUAUUUUUCUUUUUAUCUCUCUCUUUUUGUUUCUUUCUCCAUUUUUUCUUUCUCUAUCCUCAUAUUUUCUGUCUGUUUUCUUGCAUCUCCUUUCUCUCCUUCUCUUUUUCUCUAUCUCUUUUUGUUUCUUUCUUGCUCUCCCUUUUUCUUUCUCUCUCCUUUUAUUUUCUUUCUCUCUUUCUCUUCUUCACUAUCUUUUUUUUCUUUCUAUCUCCCUCUCUCUCUCUUCUAUUUUCUUUCCCUCUUUCUCUUUUUCUCUAUCUCUUUUUGUUUCUUUCUAUCUCUCUCUUCUAUUUUCUUUAUCUCUCCUUAUAUUUUCUUUCACUCUUUCUCUUUUUCUCUAUCUCUUUUUGUUUCUUUCUCUCUCUACCUUUUUCUUUCUCUCUCCUUGUAUUUUUCUUUUCUCUUUCCUUCUAUUUUCUUUCUCUCUUUCUCUCUUUUUUCUCUAUCUCUUUUUGUUUCUUUCUCUCUCCUUUGUUUUCUUUCUCUUUCCUUGUAUUUUCUUUCUCUCUUUCUCUCUUUCUCUUUUUCUAUCUCUUUUGUUUCUUUUUGUCUCUACCUUUUUCUUUCUCUCUCACUUUGUAUUUUCUUUUCUCUUUCCUUAUAUUUUCUUUCACUCUUUCUCUUUUCUCUAUCUCUUUUUGUUUCUUUUAUCUCUCUACCCUUUCUUUCUCUCUCUCUCCUUGUAUUUUCUUUCUCUUUCAUUCUAUUUUCUUUCUCUUUUCUCUUUUCUCUAUCUCUCUUUUUGUUUCUUUCUCUCUUUUGUAUUUUCUUCUCUUUCCUUGUAUUUUCUUUCUCUCUUUCUCUUUUUCUCUAUCUCUUUUUGUUUCUUUCUCUCUCUAUCUUUUUCUUUCUCUCUCCUUGUAUUUUCUUUCUCUUUCCUUCUAUUUUCUUUCUCUCUUUCUCUUUUUCUCUAUCUCUUUUUGUUUCUUUCUCUCUCCUUGUGUUUUCUUUCUCUUUCCUUGUAUUUUCUUUCUCUCUUUCUCUCUUUCUCUUUUUCUCUAUCUCUUUUUGUUUCUUUGUCUCUCUACCUUUUUCUUUCUCUCGCCUUGUAUUUUCUUUCUCUUUCCUUAUAUUUUCUUUCACUCUUUCUCUUUUUCUCUAUCUCUUUUUGUUUCUUUAUCUCUCUACCUUUUCUUUCUCUCUCCUUUUUGUUUAUUUCUCUGUCUCUUUCUCUCUCACUUUUUCUUUCUCUCUCCUUACAUUUUUCUUUCUUUUUCAUUAUUUCUCUCUGUCUUUCUCUCUCUUUCUUGUUUCUUUUCCCCCUCUCUUUGUAUUACUUUGCUUCCCUCUCUUUUUUUUCCUCAAUCCUCUUUCCUCUAUCUCUUUCUCUUUUUGUUAUUUUCUCUCCUUAUAUUUUCUUUCUCUGUCUAUUUCUCUAUUUUUCUUUCUCUCUUUCUCCUCUUUCUCUCUCUUUCUUGUAUUUUAUUUCUUUCUUUCUUUCAUUAUAUCCCGUUUUUCUUUGUCUAUUGUUGUUUUUCCCCCCUCCUUUUCUUCUCUCUUUUUGUUUGUCUCCCUCUCAUAUUUUCUUUCUCUAUUUCUCUAUUUUUAUUUCUCUAUCUCUCUUUUUCUUUCUCUCUCCUUAUAUUUUCUUUCUCUCUUUUUUUUUGUUUCUCUCUCUCUCUCUCUCACACACUCUUUUUUCAUUCUCUCUUCCUCUUUUUUCUUGUUCUCUCUAAUUCUUUCUCUGUAUUUGUCUUUUCUUUCACUCUCUUUUUCUAUCUCUCUAUAUCUUUAAAAAGUAAAGAGGAAAAGAAGCAAAAAGAGAGAGAGGAAAGAAGGAGCAGAAAAGUAAAUACAAGGAGAGACAAAGAAAUAUAUAAAGAAAGUACAAAGAAAGAAGGUAGAGAAAAGAUACUUUGUAUCUCUUUUCUCUCUCCCUCCUCUCUCUCUCUCUCUCUCUCUCUCUCUCUCUCACUUUUCUUCCUCUUUUUUAUCACCUUUUCAGACAGAAUGAUAAUCGCUGGUAACUAUAAACACUAA